GACAGACGGCAUGAGCAGCAGUAGGAGCGAUAGCAGUAGCAGUCUCCAAUCACAUGUAAUUCUGCUGCUUCUCUGACUUGCUUGCCUCUUUCCAGAGAGAGAGAGAGAGUGAGACAGAGAGACAGAGAGAGAGAGAGAGACAGAGAGGACAGAGAGAGAGAGAGAGAGAGAGAGAGAGAGAGAGAGAGAGAGAGAGAGAGAGAGAGAAAAAAGAAAAAGAAUUUGGAGCCAUUGUCCCCUUGGAGAAAAAAGAGAGACGGGGGGAAACGAGAGGAGCACUGUUAAACGAGAGGAGCGGUGAGAAGGAGAAGUCAUAGGAUGAUUUUGGGAGGUAUAAACCGCGCGGGGGCGAUGCCUGCAUUCCUGCGGACCCCCACUAUGAUCCAGCCACACCUGGAUAUGAAGCCCUUCCUGCAGUUCCCCAUGGACACAGCUCCACCACAACACAGCAUGGGCCUGUUUCACAACUUCAACACCAUGGACCCAGUUCAGAAGGCGGUGAUUAACCAUACCUUUGGCGUUCCGCUGGUGAAGACCAAGAGGCCCAUCAUCUCCUGUAACGUGUGCCAGAUACGCUUCAACUCUGAGAGCCAGGCAGAAGCCCACUACAAAGGCAACCGCCACGCCCGAAGAGUCAAAGGCAUCGAGACCUCCAAGAGUCGCCCCCAGGAGGGUGACAAGCCGGCCCCUCCUGUCCCCCCCUCCCCGUCCGACCCCAGUGGACCCCAUACAGGCACCUCGGACAUCAGCGACCCCUGCAACGCAGACGAACCGCGCCCUCUGUCGUCACAGUUUAAUGGGGGACCUCUGCUGGCCCUGCCUGGGCCCCUACACCCCCUGCCUCCCCUCUCCACCUCUCCCACCACCGACUCCCCCGCCCCCUCUGUGUGUCCCAUGCUGACCUCCCCCACCCUCACCCCUCCUCCUCUGCUCCCACAAUCCUCUGACUCUCCCCUGGCUUUCGGCACCACCAACCCAGACCAGAGUGGUGGUCCAGUGGCCCCUGUUGCUCCCGGGGCCCCGGCAGGCCCAGAGACAGAGGAGGACAAAGCUAAGAAACUCCUCUACUGCUCACUCUGCAAAGUAGCCGUCAACUCCCUUUCACAACUGGAGGCUCACAACAAAGGUACCAAACACAAAACUAUCCUGGAGGCUCGCAGUGGGCUGGGUCCCAUUAAGGCGUACCCUCGACUGGGCCCCAAACUCCCAGGGGAGCUGGGAGGGGGGCCGCUGGACCCCAACACUCAGGAACGCACCUUCCACUGUGAGAUUUGCAACGUGCGGGUCAACUCUGAACUGCAGCUCAAGCAGCACAUAUCUAGUCGAAGGCACCGGGACGGAGUGGCAGGGAAACCCAACCCACUCCUCAGCCGACACAAGAAGCACAGGGGGGCUGACCUCACGUCCUCUCUGACCUUCUCUAAGGAUCUCUCCAAAUGUUUGGGCGCUGGGCUCUUGCCCAGUCCCCUGGCGGUUGCCGCAGCGAUGGCCGCCGCCGCUUCCUCAAACCACCAAUUGGCUCAGCUUCGCGCCGCAGCGUCUUCCGUCCACCACCCCUCGCAUCACCACCACCACCACCUAUUACAGGGCCCGCCUCUCAGCCACGCCAUCCUAAGACCCGCCCCCGGACCCAUGCGUACCUCCCACGGGCCAAUCCUCUUCUCUCCUUACUGACUCCACCCCCCUCCACCUCGGCCAGUCAGGAGCAGCCACUCCAAAAGCACACUGUGAAGAAAAUAAUCAAAAUAAACGACAAACAGCAAUUGAUAGGUUAAACAAAUCAUCGGUGAACAAAUCAAACGUAAAAAACAUCUAGAGGAGUAGAAAAGAAAGGGAAAGAGGGCACCCUGACCUGAAACUCUCCCUCCAUCUCAUAGACUUGUGACUGCGAGUGAUCGACUGAUGGAGAGAGAGAGCGAGAGAGAGAGAGAGAGAGAGAGAGCGAUAGGAGGAGCGAUACACAGUAUGCAUUGGAUAGACUCCCCUGUUCGUCUCUCACCUCCCCACCUCCCUCUCCCCCACACACUGUGAGAUCCAUCACUGCAUACAGCGAUAGAACAAACUGAUGAGACUGAUCGCGCACACACACACACACACACGCACGCACACCCCUCACACGCACACACACACCUCCACUGCAGCUAACUAUUCCAGUGCAGUAUGUGCUGGGCCACACUAUAAUGGUUAUGGUUUCCUCAUCAUUCUGGUCUAACGUGUACUUAAUCUACUAUUCACCUCCAACUCCUCCUAUGCACCUCCAAACCAAGAGAAUAUUGUUACUAUAGUAUGCCAGUACAGUAGGCUAGCUGCUUUUCAGUGGUCUUCUUCUUCGCUAUUAUAAACGUGUGUAGCCAUGUAUAAGUAUAGCAAUAUUCCACAAUACUGUACAUUUCUCCCGCUCUCGGGGGCUCAAACGAAACAGGCAACCUUGUUCCCCAUUUGUGGGUGACCCCUAGGUUCUCUUCCUAUUGGUGGACCUAUAGUUCCUUGUUAGAGUAUUACUGUGGGUGACAACAGGAUUGGGAUGGUCACGUCUUGAUGUGGGACGCGUGGGGGCGGGGCAGAGGAGAGAAGAGAACAGGACUGUAAAGGUGAUUGUGAAAAAAGGUGCUAUCUAGAACCUAAAAGGGUUCUUUGGCUGUACCCGUAGGAGAACCCUUUCAAGAACCCUUUUUUGGUUCCACGCAGAACACUUUCCACAGAGGGUUCUACAUGGAACCCAAAAGAGUUCCUCUAGAACCAAAAAGGGUUCUCCUAAUGGGGACAGAGUGGAGGGUGAUUAUGGGGGAGAGAAAGGAGAAAGGGGUAAGAGAGGAGAAAGGGAGCAGGACUCUGGGGUACUUUGUGGCAGGGGUUGGUGAGAGGACGACCAGAGUGGGUCACUGGAUAUCUAGACCCAGGGGCACUGUGGAGGAGGCGGAGACACGCUGGCGUUUGAAAAUAGAUUGCAACAACAAAGAUGGCUGCAGGGGGGGGGGAAGUGUGUCAACCACCAUAACGAUCACAGCUAAACCUCUCCACAGGAUAGGAGAGCGCGAGAACAUAGAGAGGAGCUAGAGCAGAGGAGGCGUGAAUUGGUUCAUACUGCCCCUUUAACACAGUAACCUGGAACCUUGCCAUAUACUCUAACUGGUACUCUAGCAUCUACUACUCAGUGAGACCGCAAUGUGAGUCUAAGUCCUCAAAGUACAAAGUGUUCUCGUGUGCGUUUGUGUGUGUCCCCGAGAGCGUGCGGAGAGAAUGAUUUGUGUAUCUGUGAUAAAGCACAGGAUUCCGGAUUCCAUCCACCUAUGCAACCCCCCCCCCCCCCCCAUAUGAACUCCAUACAGUGUUGGUGGUGUGACCAGUGUACAGUAUCUCUACGUAGAGUAUCUCCCUGUAUGUCUCCCUAUCCUUCUCUCUGUUUGCGGCCUGUAAUUCUGGGGUCCGGAAGUGUCAGGGUCUUCUCUUAUGCAUCACUGGAUCGACCCCCCCCCCCCCCCUCUCUCAUCCUCUUCCAUCCGGAGGAUUGGUUUAAGGCUACAUAAGGGCAACGACGAGACCGCAAACUUCCAAACGAUCUCUACCGGAUCCCCCGAGAGAGACAAAGAGCGAGAGCGGCACAGCGAGAUGGAGCGAGAGAGAGAGAGAGAGAGGAGGGCGAGAAAGAGAGAGAGAAGACACUGAACUUAAGUGACAACCACCCCGGAGCACUAGCACAGCAAGGUCACACGUAGUGUAUUUAGGACAGGCCUGGGAGACCCUACCCAGCCCUCUUUAUUUUGGACUUCCAUGCCUUCCUGUCUUUAAACGGAAAGCCAUGCAAUGCUAUGUAUUAUUUCACCAUGACUGAUCAGUGUUUUGUUCUGUUGUGUUUUGGGUUGGUUGGUUCAUUUCCAUAGUUACCUACACAAUUAUAGUGACGUGCUAAUAAUAAUAAAUACAACAAUUCUAUUUAGGAGGGAAUGGUUGGAGACGGAUGGAAGUGAGACGGGUGGAAUAUUUAGGAGUUGGUAAGAUACCGGAUGCAGAGACUGAGACUGUGCUGUCCACCUACAGUAGGCUAACUGAACUGAGAAUUAGACGAAGAGAAGCCUGCCCUGCUGAACACUGCUGUAGCACUGGGCCGUGUUCACGGCUCAAAACGGAGGAAAACUAGCCGAAACGGAGCUGAACAGGGCGGCACUACCUGAACUCAUCCAAUAAGAAACGCCAGGCGUUCGUUUUCUGUUGCAAAAAGUGCCCUAAAUGAACACCACCCCAAACGGAGAUGUACACUGCCCUUCCAGCGAGAAGCAUUGUGUUCUAAUGUCUUACCUUUGAUCGGAGAGUUAACUUGUUGUUGUUAAGCGUAAACAAUGUGUUGUACACUACAGGGUAAUGGACAGUGAACUCUGGGUCCUAGAUGUGCUUAAAUGCAUGUUGUCCUGGUCAGGUCACAUGGUCGAGUCACAUAGUAAAACUCGAUCAUAGUAGAAGACGUGUAAAACUCCUGGUCCUAUGAAUAGGAGACGUGCCUGAUAAUAGGACUUAUAUGUUCGUCCACAGAGGAGGUGGCCUGCAGAGGGUACAGUAGAGAAGCCCCAUACUAAAUGGACCCCUAGACCCUAUGCACUUGCAGCGAUCUCAGCGGAUUGGACACAACAAUCAGUCGGCCAGAUUGCGCUACUACCACAUUGCGUAUCGAAUCAUCUUAAGAUUUCUUCAAGUGCGUAGGUUGAAGGGUCUAGAGGUCGAUUUGGGACAGGCCCGGAAGAAGGACAAUAAAGAAGCGGUUUAGGGAAGGGCCAUUAAUAUUAGAGGGGUCUAAUCCAACGGUAAUUAUGGCUGGGGUCCAAUUCUCUGACCUACCUAAGUGUGCAAUACUACAUCCACCCUCGUGGAUUUAAAAUUGACUGGUGUAAGGAAUAUGGCGUAAAUCAUGCGUGCAAAAAUCCAAUGCUUUUAAAUAAGGGGGAGUGAACAAGUGUACACUUAUGGGUGAAAGAGAGAUAAUUGGAAAGCAGCCAAUCUCUGCUUGGGGAACGGUACGUACACGCCAGGUAGCUGGCAUUAAAGUUGAUCUGACAAGAUGUUUUCAUUUAGUUUGGACUUUUUGUGUUUUUGUUGCGUUGUGUUCCAUUUUCGUGUGUGAGAAAUAAGAUUGAGUAUUGAGUAAUAAAUCCUGAUAUGACAGAA